UCAUCGUGAUAUCUUGGUCAUGCUGUUCAUCGUAUGCGCUACCAAUGUCUCCCAAUUUUGGACCGCGGGCUACAAUACUGCACAGCCAGGCCACGAUACGACAGACACGCCUUGUACCCAGCGAGUUCUUCCCGUUCACCGAGACUGCACCGCUAGCUCAGCGCGCGAAACGGCCUCGAGGACGCAAAUACUCGAUCAAGUCUAUGUCCGACGUUCAAAGUGAGACAUGAACAUUGCUUGCCCUUGCCUUCCUCGGCGCUUUCAUGUGACAAUCCACUUGCACUGCAGUUUCAGCAAGCGCUCGUUCUCGCCGAGAAUCGAAACCCUUGCAACAAGAAUAAGAUCCCUGAGCAACAACCAUCCAAGCCGCGGUCCUUCGCUUCGGCGCAAUGAAGGUGACGAAAGCAACCAUGGCAUACCGUGCAGGGCACAAAGCUGAGGUGAGAACAAUUGAGGCAAAUUCCAAGCAGAGAUAUAU